UCUUCACGAGCCGUCGAAAGAAAACGAAUCGUCCAGAAAAAGCUACAUGCAACACUAAACCCUACUCGCCGUCGUCACCGCUGCCGAGCCGGUUUCUUCCCCCCCUUUGCGUUAUCGGCGAUGGCUGAACUGGCGAUUCCGGCCCCCGGGCGUGGCUGCGCUCCAGCUUCCUUCAAGACCGUCUUCAUCGACACCAACCUCGACACUCGCUUGGCCGUGGUGAUCUCUUCCUCCGUCACCGUCGCCGAUCUUAAGAAAAAGAUCAUGGAUGAGCAUCCGCUGUGUUUCCCUAAGCUUGGAGAAAUAAAAGUCGAUGGAUUGAAGGUAUGGUUUUUCUUUCUCUAUACUAUUUUCCGCUUAUUCUCUGAUUGAUUGCCUGUGAAAUGACCUCUCCCGUUUGUGGGAAUGGAAUUGGGCAGGUUGAAAGGAGGGUUUUACUAUCACUUGGCAGAGUCAAUGCUUGUGACAAAUGCCUUUGAUGGGCUUAAGGAAGAUUGGUUUGUUAGUAUUGAAGCUUCUACGGUAUCCAGGGAUAAGGAGGUUGAGCCUGAAAAUGCUAACUUAGCCUUGAUGAGAAUGAACAAUGGUUUGGAGGAGGAAGGUGUUAAUGUUGUACUAGAUAGGCAUCACAAUGUUAUGUCCGAAAGGGAUUUGUUGGUUUCUCAGAAGGAGGGCAAUGACCUUGUCGAAGUUGCUCGGGGAGCUCAACUUGUUGUUGGUGAUGAUUGUGGUGAUCAAGUUUUGUCAAUGGUGCCAUUGGUUAGUGAUGAAUUUGUUAGAGAACAGAAAUGUGAUGAAGAAAAGACUCAGGAUAUGGAUGUUGAAAAUACAGCAACUGGGAAAGAUUUGAGUAAGAUUGACGCAAGCAGUGUAUUGCCAGAAGGAGCUUCUGAUAUGAAGGAAAAACGCAAGAAGAAAAAGAGAAAUAAAAAGCGUGUAGAUGAUCGUUCUGGUAAAGAUGUUGAUCUGUCAAUCCACAAUUUGGGAACAAAGGGAGGAGAGGAAGAGAUUAAACUAUCCAAGACUACUGGUUCGCAGGAAAGAAGUGAAGUGGUUAUUAGUGAUAUCCAGAUCAUUGUUUCAAAAAAGGGUCCGUUGGUUUCUCAAAAGGAGAGCACUGACCUUGUUGUUGAAGUUGCUCGCGGAGCUCAACGUGUGGGUGGUGAUGAUUGUGGUGACAAAGUUUUGUCAUUGGUGCCGUUGGUUAGUGAUGAAUUUGUUAGAGAAGAUAACUGUGAUGAAGAAAAAGCUGAGAAGAUGGAUGGCGAAAGAACAGAAAUUGGGAAUGAGUUGAGUAAGAUUGAUGAAAGCAGUGUAUUGCCAGAAGGAGCUUCAGAUGUGAAUGAAAAACGUAAGAAGAGAAAGAGAAGUAAAAAGGGUGCGGAUGCUCUUUAUGUUAAAAAUAUUGAUGUGUCAAUGGACAAGCUGGGAGCAAAGGGAGGAGAUGGAGAUAUUAAACUAUCUGAGACUACUGCUUUGCAGGAAAGAAUUGAAGUGGACAUUGGUGAUAUGCAGAUAAUUGUUUCAGAAUCUAAUGCAAUGACCUGUGAUCCUCCUCCUCUAUCUCAGCUACCUACAAUGGAUGAACAACUUGUGACUGCUACCCUGGAAGGCCCAAAUGCUGAUUGUGUGGAUGCAGGUCAAUUGUCAAGCCAAAGCUUGGCGAAGAAGAAACGAAAAAUCAAGUCUUUUAAGAAAGUAGAUACAGAAAAUGUUGGAAGAACUCCUGGUGAAGAGGUACCUCUGAAGGAAGCUGGAAUUAAAAGUGGUACUGUUGCUGAAGAGGCGCCUCCUUCAGAUACACAAAUGACGCAGCCUUCUGGUGUUUCUUUGACGGAGAAGGAACCUGAUCAUCUCCAAGAGCAACAGAAGAAUCUUCCUUUACAAGGUAUCAAUGAGUUUCAGGAACCAACAACUAAUGACAUGAAUAGAGUUGAAACAGAACAAGAGGUGCCCAAGACGGUUUCUACAAAAGUGCACAAAGAAGUUGUUGAUUCUGUAUCACACGAGGUUGAUCCGUAUGUUGAUGAUGGGAAAACAUCGAAGAAAAGAAAGAAAUCCAGGAAACAUAAGGUACUCAAGGGUGGAACAGUAUCAAUUGCUUCAGAUGCUGAUCAUGUUAGAGAUUGUUAUGAUGUACCCGAGAAAGUAGGUAAGGCUGAGAACUCUAUUCUUGAAGCUGCUGAAAAGGGAGAUGUGAAAGAAGUGGCAGCGGCUGAUAGUCCGACGGCUUCUCUUUUGGUUACAGAUAAGGAAAGCGAUGAGUUUAUUAAAAAUGUGGUAGAAUCUUCACAGGAGAUCACAAAGACUGAAACUGUUUCAGAAAACAGAGAAGGGAAACUGAGAAAGAAAACAAAGAGAAGAAGAAGAAGCAUGGUUCAGAUGGUAAGAACACCGUACUACUGACACAAACAGAAGACAAGUGCCCUGAUCAAAGUAUUUUAGCUCCUUCCAUGGCCAACAUUUGUGGCACAGAUUCUUCUACAUUCCCUUAUGAUGCUAAUCUGCGAAAUCCGAGUCUCAAAGACUCAUUAGAUAGAGCAGAGAUCAUGUCUCCUCCAGAGGAAGUUGGCGGCAAUGCGGAAAAUGCCAGCGAGGUUGAUGGAGUCGACAUCAGCUCUAAUUUCAUUCCAAGAGAACAGAAUACUAAGACUGCUGAUCCUAGUGAGGUUACUGGAGCUUGGGCUGAAAUGAAAAGUGAAAAGAGAGGGGAAGUCCAAGAGGCAAACCUGCAUGACAUCUCUCCCAAGUUAGGGUCUCCAACGUUGAAGGAGAAACUUGAAGCCCAUGCAAAGCCUCAGGAAAAGAAUGCAGUACCUGGUAUAGUAGAUGAGCAAAAACCUCAUUGUGAAGAGGCUCAAGAAUCAAAUGCUAUGACUCGUCCAAUUGGUGGCAAGCCAAACAAGUGCAUAGAGGAACAUCAUUCGGAGAGUUUGACAAACUCGAGUUCCCACACCAAAAGAGAUAAGAGGGAUCAAUCUCAAAGCCAGCAAACCGAUGUGAAUGGUGGGGGAGGCUAUAAUGCCCAUCCAGGCGAAGUUGUGAAUGACAUGCUUCAUCAGAAGCAGGUUGUUGCGUCAAGAUCACUAUUCAAGCAGACUCCAUUUGGCGAUGAUUCAGAUGAUAGCUUGGAGUCCUAUCAUUUUCCAUCUCCACCCCACCAUACACGUGCCAGCUCCCCGGAUCCUGAUCUCUCAGUAUCUCCUGUCCACUCGGAUAAAGAAACUGAUGCAGGGUUCGACAGCAUGAACAGAAAUGGCAGUAGUGGUCGAGAAGGCAUGAAGACGCCGUUGGAUUCCACUGGACACAAUCCUGAAAAGUUCAAAGAGAUACAGGAAGGCCAAGCUGGAUACUGAAUCACAGCCUGAAGAUUUUGUCCCCUGUAGUCUGAGCACAUAAAAUGGUCAAAUCGUGAAAUCCGUCGUCGCCACAGAGACGCACAUUCUUUUGUUGAUCGCAGCAAGUCUGUUAGAAACCCACUUUUGGAUUAUUUUGGUUUUUGGUCUUGUUUUUCGCUUUAUUGACUUCGGAUGUUAUUUUGUGGGUUUUGGCAUAUUCGGGUUUAUUUGGUUGUUUAAACACAUUCGGGUUUAUUUGGCAUAUUCGGGUUUAUUUUGUGGGUUUUGGCAUACUCAAGACUGGCUGAUCCUCUUUUUAAACACCCUUUUCUCCCC